GGUCCCGGAGAACAGAGAAGAGAAGCGGUAGUUCUCCCUUCUCAGGCCGAAGUAGCAGGAAGCUGAUUUCCUUUUAAUCAUGUCAUUGUCUUCAAAAUCAUGUGAGGUUUUUUCCAUGGAAAAGAAUUUUCAACACUCCCUAGUACAACCUCCGAUUGUGGCAAGCGGUCAUCUUUCUUUUCCAUGGCUGUUCAAGUUCACAAUUUCAACAAGAAACAUGAAACCCAACACACCCAGAAAUUGGUUGCCCGCAAUUUCAUGCUGCUCUGAAUCUAAUUCGUCACCCUCAUCGUCCCAGUCUGUGAUUUUGGCUGCCAAUAGCAACGGUACAGCUCCCCUGUUGAUAAGGAAGAGGAAACGGUACAGGAAGCUGUACCCAGGAGAGAGCAAGGGCAUUACGGAGGAGAUGAGAUUUGUUGCUAUGAGGCUUCGCAACAUUAACGGCAAAAAAUGCAGUCUUAGUGACGACUCCGGGAGUGACGGUGAGAGUACUGGAGAAGAGAAAGAGGAACGAGAUAGUGCUCAGUCUUUGGAAAGCGGUGAGAGUUUUCGCAACGGAGAAGGUGGGUCUUGGAAACCCAGCAUGGAAGGGUUCCUAAAGUACUUGGUUGAUAGCAAGCUCGUUUUCGACACUGUGGAGCGCAUUGUUGAUGAAUCCAAUGAUGUUGCCUAUGCCUACUUCAGGAAGACUGGAUUGGAAAGAUCACAAGGUCUUAUGAAGGAUUUAGAAUGGUUCAGCCAGCAAAAUCUUGUGAUUCCAGAACCUAGCAAUCCAGGAAUGUCCUAUGCCAAUUAUCUGGAAGAACUAGCUGAGAAAAGUGCUCCACUUUUCCUAUGCCAUUUCUACAAUAUUUACUUUGCACAUAUAGCAGGAGGUCAAGUGAUAGCAAGACAGGCUUCCGAGAAGCUUUUGGAUGGAAGGGAGCUGGAGUUCUAUACAUGGGAAGGGGAUGUCCAAGAAUCAUUUAAAGCAGUGCGUGAGAAGCUCAACUUGGUUGGUGAGCAUUGGUCUCGGGAACACAAAGCCAAAUGCUUAAAAGAAGCAGGAAAGGCAUUUAAGUUUUUGGGGCAGAUUGUUCGCUUAAUCAUCUUAUAAAUCUGCUGCACUCACCUUAUACAACAGUGGAAGUUAAUUGAAGACAGCCGGCCAAUGGGUGAAGGGAGGAGCACUAUUGGCUCAGGGACAACAAUCAGAACUUCUAGCUGAGGCACUUUUUACUCAGGAUUGAUCAUAAUGAGAAGCGAACAAUGUAUCGUGUCUGGACGGCGGAACUUAUUUUCGAAGAACCAAGUUAAAAGGCAAAACAAAAAGGAAAAUUUGUAGAGAAAUGUUUUUCUUUUCGUCUUCUGGAUCAUAACCGUGUAAUGUUGGCUUGUAUCUCACGAUUCUCACCAUCUCAGCCAGCUAUUGUUUUAAUUUAUAAACUGAUGCUUCAGCU